AUGAGUGCGUCAGUGAACCCGGACGUCAGUCAGGCGGGUCAGGCACAGCCACAAGGACGGGUUUCUCUUCGCGAUCUCUGCUCGUUAUUCUGCUGCCCGCCGUUUCCGUCGUCAAUCGUCUCCAAACUGGCAUUCAUGCCUCCGGAAGCCUCGUAUAAGAUGGAAAUUGAACCACAAGGAGGGUAAGUGCAAGUUUUAUUUUGUUUUGGCUAUUUAGAUGGGGAUUUGGACGAGUUAAUUAGAGAUGUUGAAAUAUCGGAGAAACUGGCACUUUCGAAGGGAGAUUUUGAAAGUUGUUGGUGGAUAGCAUGAUUCAGCCGGACUUUUUGUUUUUGUCCAAAAAUGGGGAGUAAUUCUAGGGUUUGUGGUUUGAAGCCUAUAUUGCACUUGAAAUGGGGUUCACAUUUUAAGUGUUUUUGUGGCAGUUUUAUUGUAAAAUACGUUCAUUUGGCUCGGUGUACCACAACACAAUUUUCCAAAAAAAGUGCAAUAUCAUUUCUUUCAGAAAGUAUCGAAUGGUUCUUCUGGAGAAUCGCGCUGAAUGGCCUCAUGGAGAUGAUGAGUUCCGAAAUGUGGAGGUCUUUCACACACGUACGCGACGGAAUAACAAGAUUGCUUGCAUGUACGUACGGCCGCAUGCUUCGGAUUCUCAAUUUACAAUAAUGUUUUCGCAUGGAAAUGCUGUUGAUCUGGGACAAAUGUGCAGUUUCUACUACGGGCUUGGCUACAGACUGGGUUGUAACGUCUUUAGCUAUGAUUAUUCGGGUGAGUUAGACAAUUUUUUGGAGAUUUUUUAUGAUUUUAGGUUAUGGUUGUUCAAGUGGAAGAGCGUCGGAGAAGAACCUCUAUGCAGAUAUAGCAGCCGCCUUGCAGGAAUUGAAGAGCAGGUAUAAUGUAAAGGACGAGAACGUUAUCCUUUAUGGUCAAUCCAUCGGCACCGUGCCAAGUGUGGACCUUGCAAGUGCAAAUCCAAAUAUUGCUGCGUUAAUUUUACACUCCCCGUUGAUGUCUGGACUUCGUGUUGCUUGUGGGGGAGUGCAGAGAACGUGGUGUUGUGAUGCGUUCCCGUCAAUCGAAAAGAUUCCUCGAGUACAAUGUCCAACUCUGGUUAUUCACGGAACCGAUGAUGACGUCAUUGAUUUCUCUCAUGGCCUUACGUUAUAUGAACAAUGCCCAUCGAGUGUAGAGCCAUUGUGGGUGGCUGGAGCAGGUGAGUGCUUUGAAUUUUGAUUUUUUUUGGUUUAUGGAUCAAAUGGGAAGGUGAUGUAAAAUAAGGUCAGAUCUCAAAGAUGGACGGUCCGGUUUUAAUGAAACUUGACUUAGAGGAACGGGAGACGUUAUACUUUCUCCAGGAUACUUUUUUAUUUCAUAUUUUACAAUAUUUUUUGAAUUGUGGCCAUUUGAAAUUGAAAAACCCUACCAUUUUGAUGUUGUUCCAAAAGUUUAAUUUAAUUUUCUGUAUUCGUCCAAAUUCCAGGUCACAACGACGUCGAAUUACAUGCUGUAUAUUUGGACCGCCUGCGGCUAUUCAUCGAAAACGAAGUAAAACCGAAAGUUGCGACGGCCCAGUUUAACUCGAGCCGGUAG